AUGAGGAAAACUACGAGUGCAAAGUUGAACCAGAAGUUCUUUGGGCCUUAUAGAGUGUUGGAGAAACUGGGCAGUGUUGCAUACAAGCUUCAGCUUCCACCAACUUCACAAUUGCACCCGAUAUUCCAUGUUUCCUUACUCAAGAAGAAAGUUGGAGAUCCGAGUCUCAUUGGGGAGGAGUUACCCACAGUGGAUCAAGAGGGAAGGAUCCUUAUGAAGCCAAAGGAAGUGCUCGGAUAUAGGCUACAUCGAAGGGGCCGAGGGAGACCAAGGGUGUGGCAAGCAUUGAUCCUGUGGGAAGGAUUAUCAAGGGACAAGGCAACUUGGGAGGACUAUGAUGGGCUGGAGAAGAAGUAUCCCCAAUUGAUCCUUGAGGGCAAGGAUAUGCUAAAAGGGAGGGGGAAUGUUAAAACCCCAAGGCAGGAGGCCACGGGCCAUGCCUUGACCAGCACCAGCCCAUGCCAAGACAGCACGCCAGCAGCAUUGUUGGCGUCGCUUGAUUGCCCACAGACCGAGCCCUUGGUGAAUGCUAGACCACAGUCACCCUCCAUCAGGUAG